GUUCUGAGUCAAAAAUAGCGCAGAGCAGUCCGGCAGAGGACGAGCAGUGAUUCCUCCACACACCCACGUCUACUUUUCUAACCUUCACCUCUUCAAAUGAAGAGAAAUCACGACCGCUUUUUCCGUUCCUCCGUUGGAAACGAGGCUGUGCUCUACAGCGCCGCUCAAAGGAAGCAGCUGGAAUAACUCGCCGUGAGUCUUGGUCGUUCCACAGGUUUUUUGGGGGGAUUUUUUUUUUUUUUUUUUUUUUUGGUGACCUGCUGGUUUCUUGACUCUUAUCGCUGUCACCGAUCAGAACAUUGUGUCCUUGGUGGUAAAAUGACAGCCAAGCAUCGGAAAGGGAAAGCCAACCACAAACAGGAGGACAACUUUUUAAAAAAUGAACUUUUGGAGCCGGAGGUCCGUCCCGGAGGGAGUAAUUCCGCUCUUCUCUUGGUUGUUGUCGUGGUAACUGUCCUCGGAGGGGUCACCGGCGUGUAUUUCUGCUUUCAGCAGCACCAAACUUUAAACGACUUAACAGACAGUGUCAUGAACAUGCAGGCGAAGAUAGCGAAACUACAGUCCUCUCACGAAGAAAUGCGAAUGUUAAGUAUUAAGCAGCACACUUCAGAGAGCCUGGAGUCCCGCCUCAAUCAUCUAGAGGACUCCUACGCAUUGGCACAGAAACAGGUGGGCAUAGCUUUGGCUACUGCUGAACAGCUGAAGACGUCUGACCUCCCCGCCCAGGUGCUGUCGCUCCACACUGAGAUGAAAUCACGACUGGCUGAGAUGCAGCAAGCCACUGUGUCUCUAGAACAACUGAGCCAGCUUCAGACUUUGCUCAAGGGGAAGAGCGAGGAGUUUGAGGACAUCAGCCUUCAGGUGGAGGGCCUGGCUGCAUUCAGCACUCAACUGUCCCAGAAGGUUGAGGUCUUAAUUGGGAGCCUGGGAGAAGCAGAGAUGGAGCUGGAGGAGAGAGGGAGCCAGGUUGACACGCUGAGCGCCACCUUGGAUGAACAGACCUCUGAGGUUCACAGACUGAAGGAGCAGAUGAAGACCUACCAGAGUGAGGGAGGCCAGCUCAGUCCCAUUACGACGGACAUUAUUAUAGGUCUCAUAUUCACUUUGUGCACCCUGCCUGAUCUAGAGCUGGUUGAGAAGGAAAAACUCCAGCAGUUGCAGGAGGCGAAUGUGGAGGAGCAGCUCAGGACUGUACGCCAGAGUCUGCAAGAUCAGAACCUGACAGUCCAGAGUCUGCACACCGAACUGACAGCUCAGCUGGACAACAUACAGAAUCAAAUAACCCAGACUGUCCUCGGAGGGGUCACCGGCGUGUAUUUCUGCUUUCAGCAGCACCAAACUUUAAACGACUUAACAGACAGUGUCAUGAACAUGCAGGCGAAGAUAGCGAAACUACAGUCCUCUCACGAAGAAAUGCGAAUGUUAAGUAUUAAGCAGCACACUUCAGAGAGCCUGGAGUCCCGCCUCAAUCAUCUAGAGGACUCCUACGCAUUGGCACAGAAACAGGUGGGCAUAGCUUUGGCUACUGCUGAACAGCUGAAGACGUCUGACCUCCCCGCCCAGGUGCUGUCGCUCCACACUGAGAUGAAAUCACGACUGGCUGAGAUGCAGCAAGCCACUGUGUCUCUAGAACAACUGAGCCAGCUUCAGACUUUGCUCAAGGGGAAGAGCGAGGAGUUUGAGGACAUCAGCCUUCAGGUGGAGGGCCUGGCUGCAUUCAGCACUCAACUGUCCCAGAAGGUUGAGGUCUUAAUUGGGAGCCUGGGAGAAGCAGAGAUGGAGCUGGAGGAGAGAGGGAGCCAGGUUGACACGCUGAGCGCCACCUUGGAUGAACAGACCUCUGAGGUUCACAGACUGAAGGAGCAGAUGAAGACCUACCAGAGUGAGCUGGAGGCCAGCUCAGUCCCAUUAGCGACUGUCAGAGAGCUGGUUGAGAAGGAAAAACUCCAGCAGUUGCAGGAGGCGAAUGUGGAGGAGCAGCUCAGGACUGUACGCCAGAGUCUGCAAGAUCAGAACCUGACAGUCCAGAGUCUGCACACCGAACUGACAGCUCAGCUGGACAACAUACAGAAUCAAAUAACCCAGUUGGUGGGUCAAACGCAACCCCUUGAUGAGCCUGUGGAGCAGAGAGAGGAACAAACAGCACCAAUGGAUCAAGAAGAAAUAUCUCCAACAACUGAAGAAGAAGAAGAAGCACUUCCCACUUCUGCAGAAAAAGAAGAAACCACUGCAGAUGAAGAUGAGGCAGACCCUGAAGAGCAGGCAAGAACUGACGAGGAGGAAGACUCUGUGACAGAACAUUCUACUCCUGUAGAUGUUGUCAGGCAGGAUCAGAGAGCUCAAGAGCAGCAUCAAAGCACAGAAGAAGAGAUACCUGAAAUAGAUAUGGUAGAUCAGGUACUACAGAUGGGAGAGAAGAAUCUACAAGAGGAUGAAGUGGAGGAAUCUGAAGGACAGAAUAUCAUGGAGAAUUCCACAGUAAGACAGGAGGCUACAACAGAAAGAGAAGAAACACUGGAGGAUGAAUCAGAAAGGGAGGAAGGACAGGAGGAGUCACCGGUAAGAGAGGAGACAACAUCUGAACAUGAACGAACACUGGAGGAGUCACCAGAAGACACAGAAGAUCGCAAAGCAGAAGAGGAGGUGAUAUCAAAAAGAGUCGAAGGAUUGGAGGAAUCACCAGAAGAGGAGGAAGAUGACAGAAGAGAAGAAGAGAGGGAGUCUAACGGGGUGAUGGGACAAAGGGAGAAACAAGCAAAAAGGAAAAACCUUAAAGUGAAAAAGAAGGUAGCAUUAGACUGGGACAGCAAACUCCAGGAUUUAAUCAAUGAAGAGACUAAUGGAGAAGAAGAGGAGUCAGAAGCAUUUGAUUGGGAAGAAGAAGAUGAACCAUUAGAUGAUGGCGAUGAUGAUGAUGCCUUUCCAGAGGAUGAAUAGUGCAUGUCACCCAGAAGGACAUUCUGUCACAUCUGGUGUAUCUGCCAAGAAGAAGGAGAAUUUUCCAGUCUGCAAAAUGAUGGGAAGGAAUUAUUGAGCAUUAAUAUUUUGAUGGAAUAAUCAUAACAUGGUUGUUACUCUUUGCAGAGCAGAUCUGGGCAAAAGAAUUCAGUCUGUAUGUUAAGGUUAGAAUUGAUAUUUGUAACUAGGAAAUGUGUGGAUGAGGUGAUUGUUAAAUUUGUAAAUCAAUAAUUCAGGUUUUACCUGCUGUUAACAACCUUAAAUGCCUGAAUUUAGAAUCCAGCGAUGCACUUUCUGCUACUUGAGUGAAAAUACUACAAAGCAUUUUCCACAUUUCAUAAACCUGCACUUUUUGGUGGGCGGGAUUAUC